AAUUGUUGGUGUUUCCAGUGUCAUGGUGGAAAUCACACAUGACAAUUUAAAACUGAUCAAGAAUAAUUUGUUACGCUAAAUUACGAUAAUAAGCGAUGGUUGUACAUCAGUCAACGUUUAUGAACUGAAAAUUAUGAAAGUAAAAAUUAAAAGCUGGACCGCUGUUGCUACCUGGCGAUGGCUUGCUAAUGACGAGAACUGCGGGAUUUGUAGAAUGACGUUUGAUGGCUGCUGUCCUGACUGCAAGCUCCCCGGAGACGACUGUCCACUAGUAUGGGGUCAGUGUUCACACUGUUUUCACAUCCACUUAUUGUGAAGUGGCUCAACUCUCAGCAAGUACAGCAACUCUGUCCCAUGUGUCGGCAGGAAUGGAAGUUCAAGGAAUGAAGUCACUCGUUUGUGGCUUGCUUUUGUUCGUACGGGAAAGGAAAGCGGACAGAUUGAUAGUAGAUUUACACAAACAGGCCAAGAUUUCGUGGAUUUAUAGAUUUACUGCAUGGAUUAAUGAAAUAUUCCGUGGAUAUCUCAUUAAAACUAAGGUGGACGGCUAUUCAGAAAACAUUUUAACACAAUGUUUGCAAAAAACAUGAAGAACUUCAAAAUUCAGACAAAACAGAUUGUCGACAUCACAUUCUUCUUCAUUUGAUGGCUCUGGCAGAGUUCACUUUCGGGCUCGAAAUUAAGAAUUUUUUUCUCUUUAUUAUCUUGGGUGAAAUGCCCAGACGGCAAUUUUUUAUAAAAUGACUUUUUGCAGCAAAUAAACAUGACUGAAAAGUUAUUUGGUGUAUAUAGACCUAUUUCAAAUGUACACGUUAUACACUGGCAGAUAGUGUACACCAGGUGUAUACAUUGUGAACUGGUUAAGAAGCUUUACCGAUGGUGAUGCUCCCAACGGUAAUUUAUAUGUCAACGACCGCAAUUGUAAGCAGUGUCGUCGUUAAGUUCGAGCCUGCACUGUCAACAGAUGCCUUGUUUGUGGUUACAUUUGGAAGUAAUUUAUUUAUCAUUUGUGCAAUAUAUAUUUUUAUAUUUUAUCUACCACAUUGUGAAAGGUAGCAUGUACAAGUGUUACCAACAUGAUUCAAAAUAAAGAUUACAUUGCAAAUGGGA